AUGGACCUGCCUCGGCUCGGGUCCGCGAGCGGCGGCGGGAGUGUUUCCGGCGGCGCUGAGGUCCUGCGCCGGCUGGACAACCUGGAGCUGAGCCAGGUGUUCGUCGAGUACGUGUGGAUCGGCGGCCAGGGCACGGACCUGCACAGCCGGACGCGCGUGCUGUCGGCGCCGCCGACGUCGCUCGCGGAGGUACCGCCCACCACCAUCGAUGGGCGCGCGUGCGGCCUCGCCACGGCCGAGCGCGGGAGCGACGUCACGCUGCAGCCAUGUUGCGUGUUCAAGGACCCCUUCAGGCGCUGCGGAUCCAACUUCGUCGUCCUCUGCGAGACGCUCCUGCCCCGAACGGUGGACCACGAGACCAUGACCGUCGUUCCCGCGGAGCCCCACCCGAGCUGCAACCGCGGGCCGUGCGAACGCGCGCUGUCCAGUGCCCUGGCGCACGCCCCUUGGUUCACCAUCGAGCAGGAAUACACCCUCUUCGCCGCCGACGGUGACUGGCCGCUCGGCUGGCCGCGCGGCCUGCCGAGCCGAGACGCGCACACCGGCUUCAGCGAGUCGUGCCGCGGGCGAGCCGUCGCGGACGCCCACGCGCGCGCGUGCCUGUGGGCCGGCGUGCGGGUGACUCGGUACCAGCCGGGCUCCCUGCCAGGCAUCUUCUCGUACAGCAUCGGACCGUGCACGGGCAUCGAGGCUGCGGACCACCACUGGAUGAGCCGCUACAUCAUGAUGCGCGUGACCGAGGAGGCGGGGCUGAGGUGCUCGUGGGACCCGAAACCGGCCCCGGGGGACUGGUCGGGCACGGGGUGCACCGUCAAGUAUUCUACCAAGGGCUCUCGCGCGCUGGGCACGGGCUGGGCGGACCUCGAGCAGCACGCGGUCCGCCUCGCGCAGAACCACCACCAGCUCAUGAUGGUGUACGGCGCCAGCAACGAGCGCCGCGUGGGGGAGCUGUCGCAGUCGGAGACGUGCUCGUGGGGGGUCGGGGACCGCUCGCACCCGGUCUACAUCCCGGAGAGCGCGCUCGCGGACCGCGGCGGGUACAUCGUCGACCAGCGCCCCGCCGCGUCGAUGGACCCGUAUCUCGUGACCAUGAUGGUCACGUGCACCACGCUGGCGAUGCAACUUCCCGUGUUGCGGGCGCCGCGCACCGUCGCGCGCGGACGGCUGCACAGCACCGGGACGAUGCCCGGCGCCGCCACCGCCCGCGCCGGCGCGAGACAGGUCGGGGGCUCCCUCACUGGGCAAGGCGGCGGCGGCGCAAUCCAGGAGACGUACCGCACCAGCUCGCCCGGGCGGGGGAGUCAGUACGAAGGGUCGCCGCUGGGCUACGCGCCCUUCGCGUUCGUCGGGAGGCCGUCCGUGUGCGAGUACGGCAUCCCGCCGCCGGGCAGCGGCCUGGGCCAGUUCCCCCUGCCCAAGCCUACCAAUCCAGAGUCGUGUGGCAGCAUGUCUGACGACUCCCCCGACUCGAUUGCCGACAUGAUCAGCAACGACGAGGACGACGACGACGACGACGACGGGGACGACGACGCCGCCGCUGAAGGCGGCACCGCGGAGCACCACGCGGUGCCUGACAGGCAGCACCACGCGGUGAUCGACAGGCAGCAGCUGACGCGCCAUUUCUCCCUGGAGCUCGCCCACGACGCCAGGCUCAAGGCCGGUCUCCAGCGCGCAGCAGACGGCGCGGAGCAGGCGUGA